AUGAUUCCCGCAAGAUCAUUGGCGAGAUCUGGCCUCCCUCGAGCGACUGCUCGCUCUUGUAGAGCUACCAAACCACAAACUCGAUUCCAGUCAAGCACUUCAUCCUCUUCAUCUACGGGAAGCGCUCAAUCUGGCAACUCUCAUCUCAGUGCCGGUGUGGCUGGCGGCCUAGCAGCUGCCACUGUGCUAUAUGGCGCCUACUACUUUAGUCCUAGUGGUCGCAUGUCGAGGACCGUCAACAAGACUGUGAAGGAAGCCAACAACAAGUACCAAGAGGCUGCAACCAAGCUGCAGCAGAACACCCCUAGUGCAGACGAGACCAUUGAUUAUCUCAAGAACUUUUGCUACUCCUACGUGGCGUGGAUCCCCGGUGGCCGCCAAUAUAUCGACUUGGCCUUCAAGGACGUUGAGACUGUGCGCAAGAACCACCGCGACGAGGCCGACAAGAUCCUCAACGAUGCCUACAAGCAAUUCCAACAGCUUUCCAAGUCUGGGCUCAGCAUUGAGACGGCCUACAAGGCUGCCGAGGUAUUGGCUGAUCUGUCCAAAAAGGUCGGAGCCCUCGCUGGCGACGCCUUUACUGAUGUCCUCGACAACCACCCUCAACUCAAGGACAAAUUUGGUGGCAGCAUUGAUCAGCUCAAGCAGAUGGGUGAUCAGUACGGCCCCGAGGCCAAGAAGCAGGUUGACGAGACUUGGUCUCAAGUCAAGGACGUCCUCGGCGGUGGCCUAACGGCUGCAAACCUGGACAAGGUCCGACGUCUCAUCCAAGAAAAGGUGGAACAAGUCAAAAAGCUGGGAGACGAGGCCUGGAAGAAGGGCCUCGAGCAGGCAAAGCCUUAUCUUGACAAGAACCCCAAGGUCAAGGAACUCAUUGAGAAGAACGCAGAUACUCUCAAGCAAGGAAACGCCAAGGAGCUUUUUGACAAGGCCAAAAAGGCCGUCGAGUCUGGAGACACCGGAGACAUUGAGAGCUACGUAAACAGCGCUGUGGAGAAGGCCAAGUCCAAGGGCUCGCAAUUAGGCAAGAGUUUUGGCCUGGAGCAGUACAUUGACCAGAUCCCCAAUGGCAGCGAAAUCUUGUCCAAGCUGCAGCAAUUGAGGGACGUCGCCGACAAGCAUUCCGAGGAGGGCAAGAAGCUGGUAGAAGAGACCCUUGCCGAGGUGAAGCAGGUACUCGAGAAGAAGUCCCAAAAGGCCGAGGAAAUCGUCGAAAAGGCCAAGAAGGAGUCCAAAUGA